UUCCACGGUGCUGACCACUCUUCCCCCACAGGUACAACGCCCAGGAGUACUAUGACCGAAUUCCCGAGCUUCGGCAGAUCAUUGAUCAGCUGAGCAGUGGCUUCUUCUCCCCCAAUCAGCCGGACCUGUUCAAGGACAUUGUCAACAUGCUCAUGCACCAUGACCGGUUUAAAGUCUUUGCAGAUUACGAAGACUACAUUAAAUGCCAGGAGAAAGUCAGUGACUUGUACAAGAACCCAAGAGAGUGGACGCAGAUGGUGAUCCGGAACAUAGCCACAUCAGGCAAGUUCUCCAGCGACAGAACCAUUGCCCAGUACGCCCGGGAGAUCUGGGGCAUAGAGCCUUGGCGCAAGCGCCUACCAGCCCCUGACGAGACCAUCUGAGCCUCCAGACUGGACCCCAAACUGGCCCCUGAGUUUGUUUGCAAUCCCUUGGGCCAACCCCAGCUCUUCAUCUGGAGGGGGAUACUAGAGUUAGAUCUCUCACCUUCUCCUGGAACCCCCCAUUUUCCCCCCUGCAUCAAGAUCCUAGUGUCCAGCGUGACUGAGGACGCUGCUCCCAUCCUGUCCUCUGGCUCCCUGCCCCCUCCUAUUUAUGGGUCUGACCGACUGCACCCACUCCCCAAUAAAUUGAUUCUCCUUGGGAGCCUCCUUA